AUGGGCACGUGGGGCACGGUAGCGUGUGUGGGAGCGUCGGCGCUGACUUUGGCGAGUCUGGCGGCGAUGUGCCUCAUCGUCGCCGACAUCAACGGCCUCUACCGCGACGUCAUGGAAGAGAGCAAAAUCAUGAAGGUUUCCUUCAGAACUCUUUGGAAAAGCCAAGAAAAAACUAUUUAGUGAAGAUCCUUAAAUUUCAAAUUUUCUGUUUCGUGGGCAAACUCCAGAGCAAAAAGCUGUGCAUUGCGUGAAAUCGGAGAAAUUAUUUUUGUUGAUUUAUUUGCAGGGCCUGAACGCUUAAAGUCUUUAGGUCAAAAUAAUUCGGAAAGAUAAAGUAGAAGGUUCUUUUUAAAACGUGUCAUGUUUUUUAUGGAUAACUAGGAGAAUAUGCAUUUCUUCAAAGCUUUUCAAGCAUGGCAAAUUUCUUAAUGAUGGGCAAAUUAAAAAGUAAAUAAUUUAUGCAGAACAAACUGAAGUCUCAAAUAAAUUCGAAUGAGUUAGAAUCCUUUUUGAAGUUAGUGAGAAUUUUUGAAGACGGUCGCCGACGACGCCUGGGCCGAGCUUCUCAAGCGCAACACGCCUACCAGUCUGGACGCCGUUCGUUCGCUGCUCAUGGGUUAGCUCCAACCAAAUCUUCAAAUCCGUUUCUGACCACCGGACUGUUUCUAGGACGCAAUAAGCGUGACGCUCAGUGCAACUGCGGAAAUCGCAGCCAAGGUUGUCCAGACGGACCACCUGGACCUCCAGGACCCGAUGGAGAGCCAGGUCACGAUGGUACGCCAGGAGCGCCAGGACCGGACGGAAGACCUGGAAUCAACUCUAUUUUGGGAGAACAGGUUGCCUCGGCCUGCAUCUCUUGUCCAGCUGGACCCCCUGGCGAGCCAGGAGCGGAAGGAUGUCCAGGAGAUCCAGGACUUGACGGCGAGCCUGGACGUGAUGGUCCCAACGGGGCUCCAGGACCUGACGGAGAAGAAGUAAGCUAGUUUUAUACUUUAUUAUUAAGCAUUUGUUCAUUAAAGGGACCAGCUGGAGGAAGUGGACGACCAGGUCCUAAAGGACAUACUGGACCUCGUGGACCGCCUGGAAAGGAAGGAGUUGUCUACCUUGCUGGAAAACCCGGACAUCCUGGAAACUCUGGUCGCAAAGGACCCCCUGGAGCCCCAGGAAAAGACGGACGACCUGGAAAGAAGGGAGAAGACGGAAUACCUGGUGCCGGUGGCGCUCCAGGAAACGACGGAACUCCGGGAGUCGAUGGACAGCCUGGAAACGGCGGAGAAGACGGCAAACCAGGACCAGACGCCGCCUACUGCCCCUGCCCCUCCAGAAGCAUCGCCGUCGAGGCUGCCGCGUCCAACACCGAGAACUACGGCAAAAUCUAA